AAUAGAAAUGAACGUAUUUGGCGAUAACAAGUGUCAUCGGAUUUGAAAAUCAAUCAAUAAUUGUGAUGAUGAUUAAAAAUUUCACAUGAUUAAAUCUAGACCAUCAAAUCAUCAUGUCAAUCAAUUUGUUUUUUCGUUUCUCGUUUAUUUGGUGUGCACCUUAAAACCUUUGAACUUUGAAAACUUUGAAAAAUGCCAUCAAAACCAAAUCAAGCGUUUGUUUUGCGUGCACCAAACCAGGCAAAAUUGGAACCAUAUGAAAUGCCCGGUGAUCCUGGACCAGACGAGGUACUAUGUCGUACAUUGGCUGUCGGUAUAUGUGGAUCAGAUAUCCAUUAUUGGCGAGAUGGUAAAGUUGGAACGUUUAUUCUUGGUAACGAACCAUUUGUACUUGGUCAUGAAACAGCGGCGGAAAUUGUUCGAUGUGGCAAGAAUGUUUUACAUCUGAAACCAGGAGAUAGAGUCGCUGUUGAACCAACAGUUUCAUGUGGUGAUUGUGAUUAUUGUUUGAAUGAUCAAUAUAAUCUUUGUCCACAAAUUACUUGCCAUGCAACACCACCAAUCGAUGGUACAUUACAACAUUAUUUCAUACAUACAGCCAAGUAUUGUUUCAAGGUUCCUGAAAAACUUACGAAUGAUGAAUGUGCAAUGAUGGAACCAUUAGCCGUUGCUGUACAUGCAUGUCAACGUGUGAAUAUAACGAAAAAAUCAAACAUUCUCAUCACUGGUGCUGGACCGAUUGGCUUGUUAAUAUUACAAGUGGCCAAAGCUUAUGGUGCCAAUCGUGUGGUAAUAACCGAUAUUAAUGAAGAACGUUUGAAUUUCGCUAAAGAAUUAGGUGCCGAUGAAACGAUAUUAAUUCAACGUGAAAAUAGUGAAGAGAAAAAUGUUCAAAUCAUACGUGAUCGAUUCAAUCAAAUCGGAUCGGAUAUUGCAUUUGAAUGUUCAGGUGUUGGAGUCAAUUUUCGUUUGAUUAUUUUUGCAUCAAAACCAGGUGGUACUUGUAUGUUUGUCGGAAUGGGUCCAUCAGAAUUACAAUUACCUGUUGCUGCUGCUGCGUUUCGUGAAAUCAAAAUAUAUGGCUCAUUACGAUAUAAAGGAUGCUUUCCAAUAGCUAUCGAUUUGGUGGCAAAUGGUCAGGUGAAUUUACAAAAAAUGGCAACACAUCAUUUUGAUUUCGCUGAAACAUUGAAAGCAUUUGAAACGGCAAAAUCUGGCCAAGGUAUCAAAGUUAUUAUCAAUGUAGAUCGUCAAUAAUUCUGACAUCUAUCGGCGGAGAAAAAAAGUGAAUAAAAAAAAUUUUGAAAUUCAAAAAAAAAAAAAAAUUCCAAACUUUUAUACAGCCAUCUCAGGGCCUAGAAUUGUACUAUCUAUAUAAAUAUACCAAUGUUUAUUGACAAUGUGUGUUGAUGAUGAUGAUGAUUCUUUUCCAAUGUCAUCUGGGUGAACACACAAGAAUUCCAUCAAUUCUUGUACGAGUGUGUGUGUGUGUGUGUAAAAUGAAUACAAUUUUUUGAAGAAAAAAAAAGUAAGUUUCAUUGAUUUUUUUUAUACAACCUAAGCUUUCAAUUCCAAAAGUUCAAUUGAAAUUUGAUCCAAUUUGAAUCGGGUUUCUUUUGCAUUUUUUUUCGAUUGACAAACACGUACACACACACACACACACACGUACAAAAAAAAUUCAAAAUAUUUGUCAACCAAAUGUGUGAUUGAUUACUGAUAACCUCGAACAAGGUUAACAGAAAAUAAAAGUGUAUACAAUUUCAAGUGUA